UAUGUGCAGACAAAUUGAUCACCAGGAGAGGUAAGGGAAGAGACGUGAUCCCCCUGUGGCCGUUCCUCUCAGCGUCAUGCUGGGGCGGGGUUAGCUAUCAGGCUGCCGAAGCAGCAGUUUGGUCAGUGGCACAUUGGCUGGCUCAGAGGCUCAGCAGUGAGAGUCGAAGUCAGGCAGGGUAACAGUGAUAGGAGAUACCAGUUAGAGAGACAGACGGGGUCUGCGCCUUGACCAAUAUCGUUGUGUCCUCUCUAGCCCCAGGCAAGGUCCUGGAGGACUGGCAAGUAGCUAAUGCUCAAUUAUUCAAAAAGAGAAAUAGGGAUAAUCCUGGAAAAUAUAGAACAGUGAGUCUCACGUUAGUCAUGAAGAAGUUACUGGAGAGGAUUCUUGGGGAUAAUAUUUAUGAAAAUUUGGUAAAUUGUGGCCUAAUUAGACACAGUCAGCAUGGCUCUGCACAGGGCAAAUGGUGUUUUACUAACUUGACUGAGUUUUUCAAGGAGGUGACGAAGGCAAUUGAUGAAGGUAGAGGUAUAGAUGUUAUCUACAUGGAUUUUAGUAAGGUGCUUUACAAGUUCCCUCAAGGAAGUCUCAUCCAGACAAUUAAGAUGCAUGGGAUCCAUGGUGAACUGGACAUUUGGAGUCAGGAUUGGUUUGACCAUAGAAGACAGAGGGUAGCCGUCAAUGGAACUUAUUCUGGCUGUAGGCCUGCAACUACAGGAGCUCUUCAGGAGGCUGCACUUGGACCUCUGCUAUCUGUGACCUGGAUGAAAAUAUAGAUGGGUGAAUUGGCAAGUUUGCCAAUGAUACAAAGAUUGGUGCUGCUGUGGAUAGUGUAGAAGAAUGGCAAAUGAUACAGUAGGAUUUUGAUCAAUUGCAGAUAUGGGCAGAAAAAUGGAGUUUAACUUGCUAAAUGUAAAGUGUUGCACUUGGGAGUUUAAAUGUAAAGGCAAGGCCCUUAACAGUGCUGAUAUAUAGAGGCAAAUUGCAGUCCAAGUCCAUAGGUCCCUGUGAGUGGUUACACAGCUUGAAAGGGUAGGAAAGAAGGCCAAUAGCAAGCUUGCCUUUAUUAUUAACGAAAUGAGUUCAAGAGUUGGGACAUUGUGUUGCCGCUUUAUAGGAAACUCUAGUUAAGCUGCACUUACAUUCAUUUCUGGUUGCUUCAUUAUAGAAAGGAUGUCAACGCUUUGGAGAGGAUGUAGAAGAAGUUUACCAGGUUGCUACCUGGAAUAGAGGACAUGUGAAGUAAGGAGAGGCUGGACAAAUUUUAGGUUGUUUUCUCUGCAGCAGUGGAGGCUGAGGGCAGAUUUUAUAGAGUUUUUAAAGCUUGUUGUGUGCAUUCAUGUAUAUUUUGACCUUUAUGGGUUGCCGUCGAGUUUCCCUGCUUGUUGCAUACUGAACACCAUGUGAGAGGACAUCCUGGGUAGGUUACUUACAAGCAAAAUAAACAGCAGCAUGUUACUGCUCUCCUCUCCGUCUCUUGUGUGUGUGUUAUUCACGGCCACCUGGCUUCCCAGUACCGCAAACAUAACAACUAUGAAAGGCAUAGAUAGAUUAGAAAGCCAGUAUUUCCCCCCUGUUAAAAAGUCCAAUACCAGAGGCCACACGUUUAAACUGAGAGAGGAUAAAUUUCACAAAGACAUCCAGAGAGUGAUGGGUGCUUGGAAUAUGCUGCUGGGGUGGUGGUGGGACAAAUAUAACCGAGGUGUUAAAGAAGACUCUUGGAUUGGUGCAUGAAUGUGCAGGACAUGGAAGAAUAUGGAUAUUGUGUAGGCAGAAGAGAUCAGUUUUAAAUUGGGCAUUUGAUUACUAAUUUGGUUGGUUUGACACAACAUCAUGGACCAAAGGACCUGCAUCUAUGUUGCAGUAUUGUAUGUUCUCACUGAGCUGGGAAGACAAGUAACCAUACAUAUCAGGAUGGCAGCACUGGCUCUACGGUGACCUGUGCCAUGGUUCAUGACGGUUUCGUACGGACGGUUGGUCAGGAGUCUGUACAAAACAGAGCUCCCCACAGUGGUCGAAAAUGAUCAAAACGAAGACAGGCUAAAUCAAGACAUUAUGCUGAGUAUUAGGGUGUGAUUUGAGCUGAAAUUGAUGUUUCAGUGGCCACAGGGAUACAUUCCAGAAGGACCAUACAGUUUUCCAGGUGCAAAAGGCGUGCUGCGUUUCUGCUAAGCAAGGUGACACUACAUCUGAGUGAGUAAUUUCCUGCACAAAGGUGGCAUGACUGAGGUCAUCUUCACACUCCUCUUCACAAUCUCCUUUGCAUUGUCAGAUAGCACUGGAAGCACUCUCUGAGGAGAGAAAGAAGGCAGAAGAAACUAAACUCCCAUAAUUUUGGUCUAUCAGCUGGACACCUAGGAUUAUAAUCUAGUAAUGGUCAAUUAGCUUGACCUCGGCUAUUUUCCUUCUGAAAAUUACCUAUUAAACGGAGUGCCUUACAUUCUUAUGCAGCCUGUGCCCUCUUGCUCCACUCAGCUGUGGCACGGAGCUGUGGCUGGUGCUGCUGUUUCCCAGGCGCCUCACUUCCCUCUCAGGUUUUAGCUUCUUUGCUCUUUCCCCCCCCCCCCCCCAUUGUCUUCCACUAUCAGGUUGGUGCUGCAUGCACUAGAAUGCGAUGAAGUCUCCACAACUGGCUGAUGAACAAUGAAGACAACUAAACUUCAUCUUCAGAGGAUGGACGGCAUCUUCUACAAUAUUUUAUUGUAGUUGCUUGGCUCUUAUGUCUACUGUUAGCUGCUGAAGAUGGCAAGUCGAGUCAAGUCGCUUUUUAUUGUCAUUUCGACCAUAAGCUGCUGGUACAGUGCACAGUAAAAACGAAACAACAUUCCUCCAGGACCAUGGUGCUACAUGAAACAACACAAAACUACACGAGACUAUGUGAGACAGCACAAGGCUACACUGGACUAUGUAAAACAACAUAAAAACUGCACUAAACUACAGACCUGCACGGGACUGCAUAAAGUGCACAAAACAGUGCAGGCAUUACAAUAAAUAAUAAACAAGACAAUAGGCACAGUAGAGGGCAAUAGGUUGGUGUCAGUCCAGGCUCUGGGUAUUGAGGAGUCUGAUGGCUUGGGGGAAGUGCAGAUCACGUCGGAUGUAUUUAGAGGGGACCGUGUAGCGAAGUUCAGAAUGACAUCACAGCAGACGAGAGCUUGCUAAUCUCAUCCCUGUACAACACAGGCAGUGUAAUGUGACAGUCUGAAACAGUCAUGGCAGAGUCAAAAACAGAGAUGAUCUCAGAAGGGAAGGCUAGAAGAAACAAAUGACUUUUUCCCAAAAGAAGAGCAAGGAAGUAGACAAGAGGAUAAAGGAAAGCAUCAGUAUCUACAGAUCGUCAGGGUGGGAACCUGGAAGCAAGAUGGUCUGAAAACAGAGAAAAGAGAACUUGGAUUGUCUCUGAAUUGGUCCAGGACAAAGAUAAAAAUGCUGCACGUCCAUCUAUUGGAAUAUUUCUCAGGAGAGUCAUUGGGAGGGGAAGAUGAGCAGGAGGUUGUGGAUGGACAAAUUCAAGGCAGCGUUUUUCUUUAGUUUCUCUUCUAUUCCUCUCAUAUCUUUUCACAUCUCGCUGAUUCCUGUCUUUCUAAUAUUGGGGGAACGUGUUCGUCUGCCAGGUAUGUAAGGCAGUUCUCUGUUGUUCCACGAUGGACAACCUUCUCUGUCGUGCAGAGGCAAUGUCGUUUUGCAGAAGGAUAUUGAAAUGGAUGUAAACAACCGAGAGGUACCUCAUCGUGAUUGGAUUCUGAAGAGCCACUUGCUCCCUGGCUGUCUAAGACUUGGUCCCUCGCCAAACAGUCCAUUGACAAAGGUAUCUGCAAGGUGAUUUGCUCGCCUGGGGAGAAACACGCACUUUGAGAGCAUUUCUUGAAGAUGUCUGUCUUCCCCUCCACAGACAUUUCUUGCCAGAGGAGUUCUGCAGAGGAUUUCACAGGAGACUGGGAACAGACUGAUUUCACAUCAUUCUCUGCGGGAUGACUUCUAUAUUCUCUCAACCACUGCCAAAGACUGACUCUUGUCUUACCAGGACAAUCUACUGAAGCCAUGUCACUGCGAAGGAAGAAAAAAACUGUUACAGUUAUAAGGGCACAAAAAUAUUCAGAAUUAUGGAGUUCAAGCACAAAUUUUUCCAAAUUAUGUGAAGCACUUAAUGGAUCAGAUAUUUGCAGGGUUGGAAUAGAAAUUCUAUGACGUAUUGUUUGUUUCCUGUUAUAUCCUAAUAGUCCAUAAGACAUAGGAGCACAAUUAGGCCAUUUGGCCCAUUGAGUCUGCGCUGCUAUUUCAUAAUGGCUGAUCCAUUUUUCCUCUCAGCUCCAAUCUCUAGCCUUCCCCUCCAAAUCCCUUCAUGCCCUGACAAAUCAAGAAUCUAUCAACCUCUGCCUUAAAUAUACAUAAAGAUUUGACCUCCACAGCGGCCUAUGGCAACGAAAUCCACAGAAUCACCUCUCUCCGGCUAAAGAAAUCCAUCGUCAUCCCCAUUCGAAAAGGACGCCCCUCUAUUCUGAGGUUGUGUCCUCUGGUCUUAGACUCUCCAACCACAAGAAACAUCCUCUCCACAUCCGCUUUAUCAAACCUUUCGUCAUUCGACAGGGCUCAUUGAGUCACCCCUCAUUCUUCCGCAUUCGAGUGAAUAUAGGCCCAGAGCCAUCAAACGCACUUCAUUCUUGACUUUAAUAAGCAAAUAUUGCUUCAAACUGGUUGUUUUCCAAACUCUUUACUCUUUGGUGUGCUAAAGGGUCAAUGCUCUUUGCACAACAGAGUAAUGCAUCAAUAUAAUAUUCCAGAUACAGAUUAAUGUACAAACAGUAAUGUUUAUAGAAGCUGGAUGUUUGGCAGAUGACGCUUCACUACUUCCUGAUGCAGUAUGUCAUACUGCACUGAUCUCAUUCUCCCUUGCAAAGCAAUCAUUUCUGAACAUUAACAAUGGUGUUCACCUUUAACUUAACUGCAGUUAACGAAGUAAAUUUAUUAACCUGUUUUAUAUCUUCCCAUCAGACUAUAGACUUUUUUAACUGCCGAUGGGACAUCAACCGUCUCGACUUCACCGCACCUUGUUCCCAUUCCAACCUCACUCCUUCUGAACGCUCUGCUCUCCACUCCUUCCGCACUAAUCCUAACCUUACUAUAAAACCCGCUGAUAAGGGGGGUGCUGUUGUAGUCUGUCGUACUGACCUCUACCUUGCUGAGGCACAGCGACAACUCGCGGAUACCUCCUCUUAUUUACCCCUCGAUCAUGACCCCACUAAGGAGCACCAGGCCAUGGUCUCCCACACCAUCAUCGACUUUAUCCACUCAGGGAAUCUCCCAUCCACUGCUACCAACCUUAUAGUUCCCACACCUCGCACUUCCCGUUUCUACCUCCUACCCAAGAUCCACAAACCUGCCUGUCCUGGCCGACCUAUUGUCUCAGCUUGCUCCUGCCCCACCGAACUCAUUUCUGCAUACCUCGACACGGUUUUAUCCCCCCUUGUUCAAUCCCUUCCUACCUAUGUUCAUGACACUUCUCACGCUCUUAAACUUUUCAAUGAUUUUAAGUUCCCUGGCCCCCACCGCUUUAUUUUCACCAUGGAUGUCCAGUCCCUGUAUACUUCCAUCCCCCAUCAGGAAGGUCUCAAAGCUCUACGCUUCUUUUUGGAUUCCAGGCCUAACCAGCUCCCCUCUACCACCACUCUGCUCCGUCUAGCGGAAUUAGUCCGUACUCUUAAUAAUUUCUCCUUAGGCUCCUCCCACUUCCUCCAAACUAAAGGUGUAGCUAUGGGCACCCGUAUGGGUCCUAGCUAUGCCUGCCUUUUUGUUGGCUUUGUGGAACAAUCUAUGUUCCAAAGCUAUUCUGGUAUCUGUCCGCCACCUUUCCUUCGCCACAUCGACGACUGCACUGACGCUGCUUCCUGCACGCAUGCUGAGCUCGUUGACUUCAUUAACUUUGCCUCCAACUUUCACCCUGCCCUCAAGUUUACCUGGUCCAUUUCCGACAUCUCCCUCCCCUUUCUUGAUCUUUCUGUCUCUAUCUCUGGAGACAGCUUAUCUACUGAUGUCUAUUAUAAGCCUACUGACUCUCACAGCUAUCUGGACUAUUCCUCUUCUCACCCUGUCUCUUGCAAAAAUGUCAUCCCCUUCUUGCAAUUCCUCCGUCUCCGCCGCAUCUGCUCUCAGGAUGAGGCUUUUCAUUCCAGGACGAGGGAGAUGUCCUCUUUUUUUUAAAGAAAGGGGCUUCCCUUCCUCCACCAUCAACUCUGCUCUCAAACGCAUCUCCCCCAUUUCACACACAUCUGCUUUCACUCCAUCCUCCCGCCACCCCACUAGGAAUAGGGUUCCCCUUGUCCUCACCCACCACCCCACCAGCCUCCGGGUCCAACAUAUUAUUCUCCAUAACUUCCGCCACCUCCAACGGGAUCCCACCACUAAGCACAUCUUUCCCUUCCCCCUGCCCCCCGCUUUCCACAGGGAUUGCUCCCUACGUGUCUCCCUUGUCCAUUCGUCCCCCCCAUCCCUCCCCACCGAUCUCCCUCCUGGCACUUAUCCUUGUAAGCAGAACAAGUGCUACACAUGCCCUUACACUUCCUCCCUUACCACCAUUCAGGGCCCCAGACAGUCCUUCCAGGUGAGGCGACACUUCACCUGCGAGUCGGCUGGGGUGAUAUACUGCAUCCGGUGCUCCCGAUGUGGCCUUCUAUAUAUUGGCGAGACCCGACGCAGACUGGGAGAUCGUUUCGCUGAACACCUACGCUCUGUCCGCCAGAGAAAGCAGGAUCUCCCAGUGGCCACACAUUUUAAUUCCACAUCCCAUUCCCAUUCUGAUAUGUCUAUCCACGGCCUCCUCUACUGUAAAGAUGAAGCCACACUCAGGUUGGAGGAACAACACCUUAUAUUCUGUCUGGGUAGCCUCCAACCUGAUGGCAUGAACAUUGACUUCUCUAAUUUCCGCUAAUGCCCCACCUCCCCCUCGUACUCCAUCCAUUAUUUAUUUAUAUACACACAUUCUUUUUCUUUUUCUCUCUCUCCUUUUUCUCCUUCUGUCCCUCUCACUAUACCCCUUGCCCAUCCUCUGGGUUCCCCCCCCCACCUUUCUUUCUCCCUAGGCCUCCUGUCCCAUGAUUCUCUCGUAUCCCUUUUGCCAAUCAACUGUCCAGUUCUUGGCUCGAUCCCUCCCCCUCCUGUCUUCUCCUAUCAUUUUGGAUCUCCCCCUCCCCCUCCCACUUUCGGAUCUCUUACUAACUCCUCCUUCAGUUAGUCCUGACGAAGGGUCUCGGCCCCAAACGUCAACUGUACCUCUUCCUAGAGAUGCUGCCUGGCCUGCUGCAUUCACCAGCAACUUUGAUGUGUGUUGUUUUGUUUAUAUGCUGUGUUUUUCACCUAAUCUUUGUUUUCUUUGUGCGGGGAGGGGAUUUGUGAGGAUCGAUGCCCCUAUUUCGUUUUCUUCAGGGGGGUUUUGUGCAGGGGGAGAAUGUUGGGGGUCGAUCUGCCUGUUCCGUUUUGUUUGUUUUUUUUGUGUGGGAGGAGGGAUUUGGGGGAACGA